UCGAUUAAUUGCGAGCCAUGCGUGGUAAGGACCUACGAAGAAGUUGAAGAGGCCCUAGAGUGUCAACAAAUUAUCUUGGACAAUGUGGCGGUACCGGCGGGGCUGACCUUAAAACUAAACUUGACCGAUGGGGCGGAGGUGAUCUUUCGGGGGAAUACCAGCUUUGGUUUUCGGCACUGGGACGGACCUUUGGUCACAAUCAAUGGUACUAGUAUAAUUGUUAGAGGAGAACCAGAUGCCAUUAUCGACGGACUGGGACAGUCUUAUUGGGACGGUCAGGGCGGCUGGAGCAACUCCAAACCUCAAUUUUUCACAAUUCAAGCCUUUGGUGGAUCCAUUUUUAAGGAUAUUCGCGUGAUUAAUACUCCAAAAGAUGUGGUUCAAGUGACCAACUCGGAUCGUGUGACGUUUGACAAUUGGUUUAUCGAUGAUUCUCUUGGCGAUCCUGGAACCGCUCCAAGUGGUCAAGAGGGUCACAACACUGACGGCUUCGACGUUUGGAACUCCACUAACGUGGCAAUAACGAACUCGGUGGUGUACAACCAAGACGACUGUGUUGCCUUACGGUGUGGGGCAAAUAUAACUGUUUCAAACCUCUUUUGCCACGGUAGUCAUGGCCUGAGCAUUUCGGUCGGUUUCAGUAACGACUCCAUCCAGCUGAACACCAUUUUAAAUGUCUCUUUUGCUGACUCAGUAGUGACUAGUGGAAGAAACGGGAUCCACGUUAAGACCCACGUGGAUGGCGGGUAUGGCAACAUUACGGGGGUGGUUUUUAAGAAUAUCACCCUUAAAGAGAUCUCUUACAAUGGUAUUCUGAUUGAGGAAAACUAUCAGAAUAAGCCCCCAUCUGGAGGUUAUGGUGUCGCAGUAGAGCCAAGAAACAACGUGCCUAUAAGGGAUUUAGUUCUGGAAGAUGUCGUUGGUGGCGUUGGUAAAAAUGCGGUACCUGUACAGAUUGUAUGUGCCGAAGAGGGAUGUUUCAACUGGAGAUGGUCCAAUGUAAAUGUUACAGGGAGGAAGAGCAAUAACUGCAAUUAUAACCCAGAAGGUUUCAGUUGCUGAUUAUACGAAAAAACUUACAUUUGUAACUCUCAGAUUAAAAAUGACACAAUGUAUGCAUUAUAAAA